AUACAGUCAUGAUGAUGUAGCUAGAUCGAUCCUUGGCUAGGCUUGUACUGUUGUUGCUGGUUGGCGGGAUCUCAGCAUUAGUAUGCGUCCUAGUCUGCUAGAACUAACUACUUUGCUGUUUUCCUCUUUUGAGGGGCGACGGGUGUACAUGUAGGUGAUGUCUUGCUGCUAAGUCCUUACAAUAAUAUUUUGUAUUGCCACGAGGACUACUGCUAGCCUGCUACUAGCCGGUAUUCAAAAUUUUAAUGGUGAAUAGCAGUACCAGUAGUCAGAUUGUGCAAUGAAUGUUUGAGCAAAGUCGUGACGACCGCUGGGAAAUCAACCAUCAGACGUUGAGUUCCGUUCGCAUGGGCUAUGGUUUUGAACAAGAAGUGCUACAAGUCCAAUAGGUGAGUUCGAGUUGUUAUUCUACACUAGUAUCCUGGUGUGUUGACGGAACCAAACAAGAUGGCCGCUUACAUGGGUAUACUGUAUGAGUUUGGGCGCCUGGCUCAUUUCCGUGGCUACUGUUGCUGUGGUGGUGUUGACUACAACAAGUGGGACGAGCUGUGUGCAGAGCGGCGCAGUGCGGAAGGCUGCCUCGUCCACCGCAGUGGCUACUGUUGUUGUCAUUUCAAAGCCAAGUUCAGUGAGGAUGUGCCGAGCAUUGCAGCCGAACUGUCGAAAGCACUGGAUCAGGAUCAACGUACCUCAGAAUCAAAUCUGCCUCCUUCAUCAGCCGUUGGCGUUGAAGGAAACCAUGAUGGAGACAAUAACGCUGCUCCGCGAGUCGAUCCAGGGAGCAAUGCAGAUGCCGCAGCAGCUGUACGUGCACCAGUAAUCACGGAGCAGCUACCAGCUAGCCCGAGGACCAAGACCCAACGCUGGAAGCCUAGCACUAUGCAUGGUGACUGUGCUUACUGUGGUAUAGCUGGUGACAACGAGACAUCCUCAUCGUCAGAGGAUGACAUACACGCCCCGGUGCUGUCGAAUGCAAGCGCAGCUGCAGUGCCCAUGACUGACACUGAUGUUGUUACUGCUAUUCCUGCAGAUGCUGUUCCUGCCUGGUUCAUGUCCAAUACCAAGGAGGAAGCCGGUAUUGAUCCGAUUGGUAGCUCCAGCCCCAUACCAUUGUCUCCACCAUCGUCACGAAGCAACUCUCCGUCGCCCACUUCUGGCAGCACUGGUUCAGAUGUGUCUGAUGAGGAAGCUGACAUUGGUGCCAGUCCUACUGCUGAAUAUCCGGUUCUGUACUCGGAGCAAUCCGUCCAGGGUGACUCUCCGCUGCUUGCCCAAAAGUCUCCGGAGACCGCAGUCAGUGAUGCAGCUGCUGACCUACCCGUCAGAGUAUCAUCGACCGAGAGUGAUAAUGAUGAUCGGCCAACACUUGUAACAUGUAACACGUCCAGUGAGCAGCAGUCACAGCUGGCAUAUGCAGAUCGUGACUACUGCCCACCUUCGGAUGUCCACACCAGGGAGACAGGUGACCAGUCUGAGCCAGCAUCACCACAUGAAGUUCCAACAGAACUAUCGACCGAGGGAUUGUGGGAGACCAUCAGAAAGUUGGAAAAGAUCAUCAGCGAGAAUCGGUAUCAGGAUAUGCGGCAAACACAGACCAAAGUGGGUGAGCAGGAGGUUAUUGAGAGGCGUACAAAAGACCUAAUCCGUGAAACUUCGGAGGUACGCGAGGAGAAGGGCAAACUUGGCGCUUUGCUUGAAAAGGUUCAACGUGAUGAAGCUGUAUGGAAUAUCAUGAAUAGCACUCUCCGGACUGAAAUCGAAGCUGCUGUUGGUGUACAUCGCACUAAUCCAAGCCUGGAUCCCACUGAGGCCUUUCAGGAGACGGAACUGGCUGAGCAGCCGGCGGAUGCUCCUGUGUUGCAGGUGGUGGGGUCCUCAAUGCCGAAGAAUGUUGAAACUGACAUGAGGGAUGCAACUAGCAAGCCAGCAACUUGGCAAGGGAACAAACAUCAAGAACAUCAGCCACGUGUGAUUUCUAACGCAGUUGGUGCGGCUGUCGGUCCUCUUGGCAAGUUUAUGUUCACUGUGGCGACAGCGCGAUCCUCCUUUGGCCUGGACAUACUGCAGGCAGAGAACGUAUCCGAGGCCCUGUCGUCAGGUACAGCUUCUGACUCUCUUGACACAUGAGUUACCAUGGUUACAACGUGGAGUUCUGCAACACACACCUACCAAGCCUUCUCAAGCACUGAGGGCUUUCUUUUCACAUACACACCCACACACACACAUACACACACACACCCUCCCCUCGGCUAGUUCAAGUAUUUCUUUCGUCAAAUACAUGCACGCCUACAUGACAAGUAAUCACAUUCACAGUGUAUUCCAUAGCCCCGGGUAGCCUGUACACUGGGUCCCUUGCACAGUUGCACUGGGUGGCAUGUGCGCCAUUCAGUGUGCAAUUGUGCUGCAUAAUAAAAUUACAUGACACGUACAUGUACAUGACUGAGCUACUUACAUGAUUGUACUGCAUCACGCUACAUGUUCAAAAUAGCAGGUCAAUGCCAGCUACUAGUUAGUUAUCCGACACCCCGGCUCCUGUUCUGGUUAUCCGACACCCCGGCUCCUGUUCUGGUUAUCCGACACCCCGGCUCCUGUUCUGGCAGUCUGUGGCGGAGGCGGAUCAGGUCAAAAGAAUUGUUUUGCAGUUAAUGCCAUGUUCUUGCAAUUUUUGGUACUGUUUACCCGCAUACUGUGCAUGCAAGCACAUGAUCUGUACUGUUUACCUGCAUACUAUGUGUGCGCCAAACACUUCCACACUAUGUGUGCGUCAAACAUUUCCACACUAUGUGUGCUAAAUCUAGAAAGCUUCUUUCAAUUCCUUGCCCUAGGCUUGGGCAGCUUCGACCUGCCCAAGAACCGCGAUCUUCUUCAAAGAAUGAUUUCAUUUCCUUUGCCUCAUGCUUCAGCUCAGAUAAAAGCUGUCAUAGAAGAGACAAGGAAAGUUUGAUUAUCCUACUUCAAAGUAGUAACAAGAUCUCAUAAACCACACCGUUUUCAACAUUAGUCAGUGUAUCUUUCCACACCGUUUUCAACAGUGGUCCGUGUAUCUUCCUUAGUCUAGGCUGUUCUUGUCUCUCCUGCCGCUCACAAAUUCCAUAGUCAUGAUCUCUUCUUCUUCUUCGGUAACUACAAGUCAUAAUAAAUAUGAAAAUGACUGUGAGAGUACAGUGUACAUGUAGUAGAAACUUA